AUGAAAAAAAAAUAAGCAGAACAUCAGUCGAUAUUUACAAAUAUCCCUCUUGCCCUGGAUAUUGGAUUUACAGCUGUGACAUUAUCAUCCAAUUUAUCAUUUGUGAUGGAAAAUCCAAAUGAAUAUGCCGUCUAGUUUCAUUUCGAAUACUAAAAAUUCAAGAUAACCCCUGAUAGGUAAAUUUAACAUUGAUAAAUUAGGGGACAAUUAGCUCCUGGUGCCAGAAUUAAUUUUACAUUGACUUAUGCUCCAAUUUAAGCUGAAGUUAUUGUAGCAUCUAUAAUUUUGCAUAUUUAAUAUGAAUAACCUAGAGUGAUAAAAGUAUCAGGCAUAGGUAAAUAUCCAUUUUUACAAUUAAAUACAAAAAAACUUAACUUUGAAAGCCUACUUAUUGGGAAAACUAUAUCUAAAGAAAUUACAAUCAAGAACUAAUCGGAAGUUACAGCUCAAUUUUAAAUUUAAAAAAUAAUUGAUGAUGAAUUUAAAGAUAAUGCAUUUAAUUUAGAUUAUUAUUCUGGAACUAUUCCUUAAAAAAGCACUUUUUUAAUAAAGGUCACUUAUUAACCAAGAAUCUUGAAUGUUUCUGUAAUUAGAUUUAAAGUUAUUUGUUAAGGAGGAAAUGAAUUAACUUUUGAAUGUGUAGGAUAAGCAUUAGAACAUGCUGUAUAUCUAAGUGAAAAAUCUAUAAAUUUUGGAGAAAUUAAAAUAGGUAAUCAAGCUACUAAAUUAUUAACAAUUCAUAAUGAUUCUGAUCUUCCAGCAACUUAUUAGUUUUAUACUGAUUUGAAUAAUAUUUUUGCAUUUAAUAAAAUUAGGGGAUAAAUAUAAAGUAAGAGUUUUGAUAGAAUUAUAAUCUCUUUUACUCCAAAAAAUACUAUUAAUUAUUAUGAAAGAGUUUAUUGUAUAGCAAGUAAUCAAAUUAAAUUUGUUGAUUUGAUUGGUACUUGUUAUGAUCUUUUAAUAAAACCAAUACCAUUACUAUAAUAACAUGUUGAUAAUUUUAGAAGAAGAGUGAUUCAAGGAAAAUUAAGUGAAGUAGAUUUUAGAUAUAUGGAAAAUUCUUAUUUGAUGAAGAUUAAUUAAUAAAAUUAAAGUAAUCUUUAGGGAGAAUGGCAAGAAAAUCCAAACUAAACAGUUUUAUUUAAAGAAUUAAUGCUUCCCCCAUCUUCUGAUAAUAGAUUAAUUAAAUUUUCUGAAGAUUUUAUAGAUUUUGGAUAUGUAGAAUGUUAACAAUAAAGUAGCGCUAGAGAUUUAGAAUUAUAUAAUAGACUUAAUUGUAAAUUAACAAUUUUUUGGACUAUAUAAACUCAUCCAACAAUAAAUGGUGAAAAAGUACCUGUUUUUACAGUAUAUCCUGAAACUUAAUCAGCUUAAGCAAAUUCUAAAUGCAGAUUCUAGGUUAGUUUUAGACCUACAAAAUCAUCAUAUUACUAUUAUCAAUAUAUUUAAUUUUUUGCAAUAAAGUAUAAUCCAAAAUUAACUAAAAAAAUAUUAGAUGAAGUAAAAAAUAGUAAAGGUUCAAUUCUGAAUGAAUCUUUUGGAUAAAAUGCCAAUUUGAAAUUAUCAUAAACAGGAAUAACAAAUUAAAAAAAUACGGUUGAGUUUGCUUCUAAAGAAAUGAUACCAACAUUUAGUGGUUAGAUUGGAUGUGUUGGACAUUCUUUUGGCAUAAAUUCUUAACCUUACAUUCCAAUAAUAGAACUUCGACCAUCAAAUAAAUUGUAUUUUCCUCCAUGUACAAUUGAGGAAUCUGUCUAUUAAACAGUAGAAUUUAUCAAUAAAUCAGAUACUCCAAUAUAUUUUAAUUUUAGUCCUGAUCCAACAAAAACUUUUAGGGUAUAUCCUAAUUAAGGUUUGGUUUUUGGAAAAUCAUCUUAAAUGUUACUAGUUGAAUUUGUUCCAUUAGAAAACAAGGCUUAUAAUUAAACUCUUAUAUGUCAUAUGAAUCAUUAAUCUUCCAAUUAAAUUACUCUUUAGGCUAUAGGAUAUUGUUCUACUCCUUCACUCAAAUUAUAAAAUGAUGGCAAGGUUUUCUUUCCUCCUUCUUUUGUUGGAGUAUAUUCUAGAUAAAAAAUAACUGUUCAUAAUGAAUCAAGAGUACCUAUGAGUUAUUCUAUUGAUGUUCCAGAGAAAAAUUAAAAUGAAUUAUACAUUGAGCCUUCUUCUGGUUAAAUAAAACCAAAUGAGGUUCUACAUUUAGAUUGUUAAUUCAUUCCUUAUAAAAGAAAUAAAAAAUAUAAAAUUAAAGUACCUAUGACAGCUACUGAAAUUUUAGCAGAUAAUUAAAAUCUUAUUGGUUAUCAUAUUCCAGGUUCUGGAAAUUAAGAUUUUCCACUUGAAUAAAGAAAACCUAUAGAAUUGUCAUAUUAAUUUGAAAUAUUUGGACAAGGAACAGAUGGAAAUCUUCAUUUAAAUGUUGAUCAAAUUGAUUUUAAUAUAAUUAAGGUUAAUUUCAAUACAAAAAAAUAUGCAACACUAAUUAAUAAUUCACCUUGUACAUUUUAUAUUGAAUUAGUUUUAAGACCUAAAAGUAAAGAAAAAGAUAAAUUUGAUCAAAAAAUGAUAUCACUUAUAAAUAGAGCUUUUACUUUAGAUUUAUAAAAUGGAAUUAUUGCAGCUAAUUCAAAAUUAGAUAUAGGAAUAAUGUUCAAUCCUAUAGAAGUGUGUGAAUUUGAUUUAAUAUUAGAUGUUUUUGCAACAGAAAAAAAUCCUAAAGCUCCAAAAGGUCCUAAUUUUUAAAAUAAGAAAAUAAUCUCUUAGAAAUGUAAAUUAGAAAUAAAAGCAAAAGGAAGUUAUCCUUUAUUAAAGAUUGCUGAUGUAAGAAAUGAUUCUAUAAGUGUUGCAACAUUGUGGGAGAAUUUUUAAAUAAAUUAAAUAAAUACAGAAUUAGGAAAGGAUUUAAAUGAAGAUGAAUAGAAGUUUUUAAAAAUAGAAUAAUUAACAUUUGAUUAAGCUUAAUAAUUAUAAAAGAGAUUAAGAAGUUAUGAUUGGAAUUUUGGAUAUUUACCAUCUAAACCUUAAGUAAAAUCAAGAAAAAUAGUAAUAACAAUAUAAAAUAUUGGUGGAACAGAUUUAGAGUGGUAAUUUAAAUUACCAUCAGAUCAUUAAAUAGAAUUAGAACCAUGGGCAGAUCCAGGAGAACCUUCAGAAGAAGAUACAUUUGAAAAAGCAAUUCUAGAAAAAAAUAUAUUUUAAAUUAGGCCUAAAGGUGGUGUAAUCCCUCCUUAAUGUUUUAAAGAUAUUGAGUUAAUAUAUACACCUUGUAAUUUAGAUGAAGAACUUAAAUCAAAAGGAAUUUCAAUUUCAAAUGAAAGCCAUUUUUUAAGAGUAGUUUUAUAAAUUUUGAAUGGAAAACCAUUAGUGCUCAAUUUAAAGGGAACAACAUUGGCUCCAUUAGAAGGUAGAUUAGCAGUCAAAAAAAAUAGUUUUGAAUUACCUGAUACUCCAGUUGGUUUAUUAUAACCAGUUAAAUAUCCUAUAGAAAUUUAAAAUGUAGGAAGUUCUAAAGUUUAAUAUAAAACAAUAAUAAAAGAAAUUGAUAUAGAUGGAGAAAUAAUAGAAUCUUAAUUUAAUGUAUUUGAUAUUUAGAAUCCUCAAGGAUCAUUAUUACCAAAUGAAAAAUAAUAUUUGUAUUGUUAAUUUAGACCAUUAGAAUAAAAAUCAUAUAAUUUUGAAUUGUUGGUUGAAGUAUCUGAUAUGGUUAAAGUAAUUUAACCUGUUAAAUUAGCUAUUUAAGGAACUGGAUAUGCUAAUUAACCUAAAAAAUAGAUUUAAAAAUAAACUUAAGAAAUUCCUAGAUAAAGAUCACAUUAAUCUCCAAUAGGUUCAAAAGUAUUCUUUUCAUUGGAAGAAAUAGAUUUUGGAGAAUUAUUACCUUUAAAAUCAGCACAUAGAAUGAUAAUUUUAUAUAAUUAAUCAAAUGAUCGUAAAUUUACAUUUGAUUUUGGUGUUUCAUAAUUUACACUUUCAAAUAAUAGACCAGGAUUGUGUUGUGGUGAUGAAUUUUUGAUUGAACCCAUUUAAGGUGAAUUAGAAGCAUAAUCAUUUAUUGAACUUAAAUUAACAUUAACAACUGCAUCAACUCCAUCUGUUUAUGAAGGAGAAUGUGAAUGCACUAUAAGUUGGGAAAAUAAAAAUUAACAAAUUAAUACUUCUUAGGUUAGUUAAAAUUCAUAAGCAAUAACAGUUGAUAAAGAAACACUAUUUUUAAGAAUUAAAAAAAAAUCAAGUUUGAAUGUUGAAUUAGUAAAUUCUUUUAAGUAACCACCACCACCAAUACAUAAUGCUAUGGCUCAUCCAUUUUAAUAAUUAUUAGGUUAAAUAAUUACAGAAAUAUUGACUGAUUCACAUACUGAUUAAAUCUUAAGAGCAUUAGAUUAAUAACCAAUUACACUUUAUUAGCCUGAAUAAUAAUAAUAAAAAGGAGAUGAACUUAAAUAAGAAGAUUUGUAAAAUAUAUUAUAUCUAAUUUAGGUCUAUUUAAAGAGACUAUAAAGACUAUAAAACUAUGUUUUUAGAGGAUGAGUUUAUAGAGCUGACAGAUUUGAUUAUGGAAAAUACAUUUUUCAACAUUAUAUAAGAAACUACAAGAAAAGAAUGUGAUUUAUUGAGAAUAUCAAAGACAUUUGUCACACCUGCAAACAAAUGA